AUGGCCCCUCAAAUCUCCAUCAAAGAGCAAGUCACCCGCUCCGCGUCAUGCAGACUGAAAAUCGUUAUCGUCGGAGCAGGUCUCGCAGGACUUGGGUCUGCUAUCAGUUGCGCUCUCUCCGGACACGAAGUCCAGGUCCUUGAGGCAACACAUGAAAUCAGGGAAGUCGGCGCAGGAAUUCAGGUCCUACCCAACAGCUCGCGUGUACUGCAACAUUGGGGCCUUGAAAAGGCUCUCACACCGCACAUGACCUGUCCUCGGUUUUGUAACUUCCUUGGAUGGAAGGGCAAUGCCAUCUCAUCGUUAGACUUCCACGAAUCGGAGAGGAAUUACCCGGGUACUUGGUACCGGGAUUUCCAUCGUGCGGACCUGCAACAAUGUUUGGUUGAGAGGGCACUCGAACUAGGGGUUACUCUUACCUGCAGUGCUCGUGUGGUGGAUGUCACUGUGAGCGAGGAUGGGACUACAGCUACUGCUGCGGCAGCGGAUGGGAGACAAUGGAUUGGAGAUCUUGUCAUUGGUGCGGAUGGGGUGUUUGGGAAAUUGACGGAGGGACUACUGGGUAGAGUCGAUCCGCCGGUGAAAACCGGUGAUCUCGCGUACCGUUUGCUGUUGUCGACGGAAGAGAUGCGAAAGGAUCCUGAUCUUGUGGACUUUGUAAUAAAUCCCCAGGUCAACUACUGGUUGGGUCCGGAUGCUCAUGCAGUGAACUAUGUUCUUCGUGACGGAGAAUUAUUUAAUAUGGUACUACUUGUCCCCGACGAUAUUCCAGAGGAAUCUUUGGCAUCGACAAUAGAAGGGAAUGUGGAGGAGAUGUGUGCUUUAUUCAAGGACUGGGAUCCUCGCAUCCCCAAACUCCUGAAGCUUUGUGAGUCCGUCCAGAAAUGGCGUCUAUGCAUCCGAUUCGGAGACUUUGACUGGACUCAUCCCUCCGGGGCGUUCGUGAUGUUGGGCGACGCAGUCCACGCUACAUUACCAUACCUGGCAUCUGGUGCUGGAAUGUCGUUUGAAGAUGGAGCAGUUCUAGGUGAAUGCCUCUCUCGACUACCGAAUAGCCCCGGCAUCUCCAAGACCUCGGCCGAGUUCCUGACUGCUAAGCAACAUGCCCUUGCCAUCUUCCAGGAGUGUCGCAAGCAGCGAACGAAGAUGAUUGUCGAGCGGGGAAAUAUCCAGCAGUACCUCUACCAUCUCCACGACGGCGCCGAACAGGAAGAAAGAGAUCGAAAGAUGCAGAUGGUCCCUACACCCGAGGGAGAAGCAUUGGCUUGGCGAGACCCCGGUUUGGCACCGAAAUUGUUAGGAUAUGACCACAUCGCAGACGUCGAUCGUCGGUGGGACAAAUCAUUAGGAGCCAACGUUGUCGAGUCGAGACUGUAG